GUUCUACAGCGCGGGGUCACCACACUCACACGGGACGCCUUGGGACUUAAACACCUUCAUCUGGUUCUGCUCCAUCCUCAUCCUCAAGAGAACUCACUCAGAAGCCGACCCCAAAAUCCAAGAUUAGGGUUUUGGAAAGGGUUCUAGAAACUCGUAACGAGAGGAGCAGGUUCCUACAGGGUUCUGGAGUCACAGUGAGUUCUGGAAUAUUUUAUGAAGCUACAGAAGUUUAGGAACUGCUGCAAGUCCUCGAGUUACCUGUGGAGUUACAGGGAGAGUUCUUAAAAGUGUUCUGGAGUUCCUCGAAGUUACCCAGAGAUUACGUCCAGCAACAAGAACUAGUUCCAAGCAGGUUCUAGAAUCAUCUAGAAUCUGCUCCACAUUGAACAGAGCCGCAGAAAGUCCCAAAGUUUUCCAAAGGAUCACAGCGGUUAGAAAAGGGUUCCGGAAUCAGAGUCGGUUCUAGAACUUGUUCAGUAGCGAGAGCCAGUUCCAAACAGGGUUCUGGAAUCAGAGAACCUGUUCUAAAGCUACAUCAAGUUCUGGAAGCUCUGUGGGUUCCAAAUUUACUUAGGAAUCACAGCAGUGGAGUUUUAGAACGGGCUUUGAGAAUAUGUUCAACAAGAACCAGAUCCAGACUAGGUUCAGGGAUUGUAGUAUGUUCUGGAACCUGUUGUGAGACCGCUUCAGUUCUGGAUUUACUGUCGGUUCCAAAGUUGCUUGGAAAUCAGAGCAGUUGGAAGUACUCCGGGUUACAAAAGGUUGCCGUACAGUCAGAAGGGUUCUGGGAUCGGAGAUGGUUCUAGAACUGGUUUUGGAAUGAUAAUGAAAAAGACUCUAAACUUGGUUCUAGAUUCAAAGUGAGUUCUAGAAUCACUGUAGGUUCUAAAGUAAGCUCAGGAAUCACAGAGGUUGUAAAGGGUUCUGAAAUCAGAGACUGUUGUAGAACUGGUUCCUGAAAUAGGUUCUUUAAAAACACAGAGCAGCUUCUGUGGUUUCUAGAGUCCGAUAAGGAGCUAAAGAAAGUUCUGGAAAAACACUUAUCUUUAAAGUUUGCUCUAGGUUUAAGGCAGGAUGGUUUCUGGGGUCUUAAAUGCGAACUUAGUAAAGGGUUCUGGAAUCAAAGCCAGACCAGGACUGGUUCCCCGGUCUCUGUCCUCACCCGGGUUGUGUACCAUGCUGCUGGUCAUGGUGUGUGUGCUGUUUGUCGAUCCGGCUGGAUGCCAUAGUAACUCCUCAUCAGAGCCACCACUCUCGGAUCUCAUGAUGUUGGACCAGCCUGAUUUCUAUGGCACCGACCUGCCUCUAGAUCCAGAGCUAGACCUUCAGAUCCAGACCCAAGACAGACAGACGCAUCUAGUGCAAGAGACUGUAAACAAGGCCCUGUCCUCUCUGGAGAAGGGGAAGACGAAACAUGUGAGUAAGCUGAAACCGAAACCUGACAGGAAGUCUCACUUGUCCUCCACCAACACCUCUCUGGUGGUUCCGAAGCACUCGGGAUCGCCCCCCGGCUGCGUGCAGACCACAUCCAUCCGCACAGCCUUCAAGUACAUCAACACGGUGUUGUCCUGCGUGAUCUUUGCUGUGGGGAUCAUCGGAAACGCCACCCUGCUGAGGAUUAUCUGUCAGAACAAGAGCAUGAGGAAUGGACCCAACCUCCUGAUCGCCAGCCUGGCCCUGGGAGACCUGAUCUACAUCGCCAUCGACCUGCCCAUCAACGUCUACAAGCUCUUGGCGAUGGGGUGGCCGUUUGCUGACAGUGCUUUCGGCCUGUUCCUCUGUAAGCUGUUCCCCUUCCUGCAGAAAGCCUCAGUCGGCAUCACCGUCCUCAACCUGUGUGCUCUGAGUGUGGACAGGUACCGUGCGGUGGCCUCCUGGUCCCGGGUUCAGGGCACAGGUGUUCCCACUGUGACCGCAGUAGAGAUCGUGGUGAUCUGGCUGCUGUCCAUCGUGUUAGCUGUGCCGGAGGCCAUCGGGUUCGACAUGGUGACCUUUGAGUACAGGAACCAGACCAUUAGGACGUGCAUGCUGCAGCCCAAGUCCCCCUUCAUGACUUUCUACCGGGACGCGAAGGACUGGUGGCUGUUCGGCUUCUACUUCUGCGUUCCUCUGGCCUGUUCGGCUGUGUUCUACGGUCUGAUGACCUGUGAGAUGCUGCGACAUCAGAAGGGAAGUCUCAGGAUAGUCCUGAGUGAACACCUUAAACAGCGUAGAGAAGUAGCCAAAGCCGUGUUCUGCCUGGUGCUGAUCUUCGCUCUGUGCUGGUUCCCUCUUCAUCUGAGUCGCCUGCUGAUGAGAACCGUCUACAAACCUCACGACGUACACCGCUGUGAGCUCCUAAACUUCCUGUUGGUGCUCGACUACUUCAGCAUCAACAUGGCCACCAUCAACUCCUGCAUCAAUCCCAUCAUCCUCUUCUUCGUCUCCAAGAAGUUCAAGAACUGCUUCAAGUCCUGUCUGUGCUGUUGGUGUUACUCUGGCUCUCUCUCCAACAGCAUGCUGCCGCUGCACCAUGGGACGAGCCUGCAGUACAAACACACUGACCAUUAAAAGAGAGAGAGAGAGAGAGAGAGAGAGAGUCUUCAUCUGCAACUCAACCCGGCAGAAACUGAACCAGGACACCCAACAACCCCUGACACCCCAGAUAACCACUAAAUAUAUAUAUAUCCUGUAAUGUGUAGAUUUAUUUAUUCAGCUCCUAAUGUUGUUCUUUAUUGUAGACUCAGAAUGAAAUGAUGUAAACAAUAAAAGCUAUGAAGUAUGUUUUUGUUCCUGGCCUCCUCGGUAUGACAGAGAGGUGGUUGUCUGUUAUAUGUUUGUCUUCACUUAUAUAAAGCCAUGUAAAUGUAUUCAUUAUUGUGAUUAUAUGUAAAAUAUUGAAUUACACCUGUAAAGAAAUAAAAACAACUGAAGCGUCAAAAAGCUCCAGCACCCUC